GUGUUAACUGUCAAAUUUACUGCACAACAAUUUGCCAAAUGAAUUUCGUCAUCGGUUUUUUUAUGCAAAUAAUUUACGAUAGGAAUUAUUUAAUAAGUUAUUAAGUGUAAAUAUCCAAGCUGGCAUCCAGAAGACUACUACUGCUCGGGUUCCACAGUUUCUCACCGCCCUCUCCUUGUAGAGCCAGUGGCAAAAGCUUGUUCUACCUCCACAAACGGCAGUACUCCGGUAUGACGGUGCCGCAGUGUGUGCCACGCUCGCCCAGCCGGGGGCAGAGCCCUGCGGAGGCGCGCGCGGGCUCCGGAGCCGACAGUCCCGCUGAUGUGGUGAAGAAGUACGAUGAUAUUGUGAAGAGCCAGGAAGAUAGAAGGGAGUACAGAGGCCUGCAGUUAGCGAACAAUUUGAAAGUGCUGCUGGUCAGCGAUCCUACGACAGACAAGUCAGCGGCAGCGUUGGAUGUUAACGUUGGUUACCUCAGCGACCCGGACGAGCUGCCCGGAUUGGCGCAUUUUUGUGAGCACAUGCUAUUUCUGGGAACAGAAAAAUAUCCAGAGGAGAAUGAGUACAACAAGUUCCUCUCCGAGCACGGCGGCUCGUCCAACGCGUCGACGUCGUCGGACCACACCACGUACUACUUCGACGUGUUGCCGCAGCACCUGGCCAGCGCGCUGGACAUGUAUGUACCGUUUAGAUUGACCGUGUUGAUGCACGGCGGCUCGUCCAACGCGUCGACGUCGUCGGACCACACCACGUACUACUUCGACGUGUUGCCGCAGCACCUGGCCAGCGCGCUGGACAUGUAUGUACCGUUUAGAUUGACCGUGUUGAUGCACGGCGGCUCGUCCAACGCGUCGACGUCGUCGGACCACACCACGUACUACUUCGACGUGUUGCCGCAGCACCUGGCCAGCGCGCUGGACAUGUAUGUACCGUUUAGAUUGACCGUGUUGAUGCACGGCGGCUCGUCCAACGCGUCGACGUCGUCGGACCACACCACGUACUACUUCGACGUGUUGCCGCAGCACCUGGCCAGCGCGCUGGACAUGUAUGUACCGUUUAGAUUGACCGUGUUGAUGCACGGCGGCUCGUCCAACGCGUCGACGUCGUCGGACCACACCACGUACUACUUCGACGUGUUGCCGCAGCACCUGGCCAGCGCGCUGGACAUGUAUGUACCGUUUAGAUUGACCGUGUUGAUGCACGGCGGCUCGUCCAACGCGUCGACGUCGUCGGACCACACCACGUACUACUUCGACGUGUUGCCGCAGCACCUGGCCAGCGCGCUGGACAUGUAUGUACCGUUUAGAUUGACCGUGUUGAUGCACGGCGGCUCGUCCAACGCGUCGACGUCGUCGGACCACACCACGUACUACUUCGACGUGUUGCCGCAGCACCUGGCCAGCGCGCUGGACAUGUAUGUACCGUUUAGAUUGACCGUGUUGAUGCACGGCGGCUCGUCCAACGCGUCGACGUCGUCGGACCACACCACGUACUACUUCGACGUGUUGCCGCAGCACCUGGCCAGCGCGCUGGACAUGUAUGUACCGUUUAGAUUGACCGUGUUGAUGCACGGCGGCUCGUCCAACGCGUCGACGUCGUCGGACCACACCACGUACUACUUCGACGUGUUGCCGCAGCACCUGGCCAGCGCGCUGGACAUGUAUGUACCGUUUAGAUUGACCGUGUUGAUGCACGGCGGCUCGUCCAACGCGUCGACGUCGUCGGACCACACCACGUACUACUUCGACGUGUUGCCGCAGCACCUGGCCAGCGCGCUGGACAUCUUCGCGCAGUUCUUCAUCUCCCCGCUGUUCACGGAGUCGGCCACCGGUCGUGAGCUGAGCGCCGUUAACUCGGAGCACGAGAAGAACGCGUCCUCGGACAUGUGGCGGCUGGACCAGCUCAACAAGAGCACCGCGGACCCACAGCAUCCCUUCCACAAGUUCGGCACAGGCAACCGAGACACGCUGGAGACGACGCCCAAGGAGAAGGGCAUCGACGUGCGGAAGGAGUUGCUGAAGUUCCACCAGCAGUGGUACUCCGCCAACAUCAUGACCCUCGUCGUCAUGGGGAAAGAGUCGCUGGACUCGCUGGAGAGCAUGGUGGUGCGGCUGUUCUCGGCGGUGGAGGACCGGCGCGUGGCGGCGCCGGCGUGGGCGGAGCACCCCUUCCCGCCGGCGCUGCGCCGCAAGCGCGCCUACUGCGUGCCCGUGAAGGACCUGCGCUCGCUCUCCAUCGACUUCCCCAUUCCCGACACCAGGAAACACUACAAGAGCGGGCCAGGCCAGUACAUCUCCCACCUGCUCGGUCACGAGGGCCCCGGCAGUCUGCUGGCAGCGCUCAAGGCGCGCGGCUGGUGUAACAGUCUAGUGGGCGGCACACGCAUCGGCGCGCGCGGGUUCGGCUUCUUCGGAGUGCAGGUCGACCUCACUGAGGAGGGGGUCAAACACACCGACGAGAUCGUCGAGCUGGUGUUCCAGUACAUAGCGAUGCUGAAGGCGGAGGGCGCCAAGAAGUGGGUGUGGGAGGAGCAACGAGACCUCAUGGCCAUGGAGUUCCGCUUCAAGGACGCGCAGGAGCCGCGCGCGCUCGUGGUGGGGCACGUGCACCUGCUGCAGGAGUUCCCAAUGCAAGACAUCAUGAGCGCAUACUACCUCCUCACCGACUGGAGGCCGGACCUCAUCGACGAGCUGCUCGCACUCCUCACUCCCGACAACGUGCGAGUUGGCGUCGUGGCCAAAUGUUUCGAGCACAAAUGCACCAACACCGAGCGAUGGUACGGGACCAAGUAUCUGCAGGAGGAUAUAGAAGAGGCGAGGCUGAACGAGUGGAAAGCAGCAAAGCCAACGGAAGAGCUUCACCUCCCGCCCCCCAACGAGUUCAUACCGACCAAGCUGGACCUGGAGAAGAGUCCGGACCCCACCACUGACACCAUCGCACCCGUCAUCAUCAAGGACACCCCGUUAAUGAGGCUGUGGUACAAGAGGGACAACGAGUUCAUGCUGCCGAAGGCUUUCAUCACUUUGGAUUUGGUGAGCCCGCUGGCGUACGCCGACCCCGCCAGCUGCAACCUGACGUCGGUGUGGGUGCUGCUGCUGCGCGACUCGCUGCAGCAGUUCGCGUACGCCGCCGAGCUGGCCGGCCUGCGCUGGAGCGUCGGCAACGCCAAGUACGGCCUCAGCAUAACGGUAGACGGCUACGACGACAAGCAGCACGUGCUGCUGGAGAAGCUGAUCGAGCACGUGGUGCAGUUCACGGCGGACCCGCAGCGGUUCCACAUCAUGAAGGAGAGCCACAUCCGCGCCAUCAAGAACUUCGAGGCCGAGCAGCCGUAUCAGCACGCUGUGUACCAGCAAGCGCUCAGCCUGUCCGACCUAGUGUGGACUCGCAGUCAACUUGUGGAAGCCGCUGAAAACAUAACGGCGGAGCAACUGAACGAGUUCGCGGCGCGGCUCGUGCGCAAGGUGCACGUGGAGGGGCUCAUGUUCGGCAACAUCACGCGCGAGAGGGCGCUGGCCAUCGCGACGGCCAUAGAGGACAGAUUACCAAAAGACGCCACACCACUGCUCGCGCAGCAACUCCUGCUCUAUAGAGAAGUCGAAAUAGAGAAAGGCGCGUGGUACCUGCGCGAGACGGAGAACGCCGUGCACAAGUCGUCGUGCGCGUCGCUGUACUACGCGUGCGGCGUGCGCCAGACGCGCGCCAACGUCACGCUGGAGCUGCUCGCGCAGGCGCUCAGCGAGCCGUGCUUCCACGUGCUGCGGACGCAGGAGCAACUGGGCUACAUAGUAUUCAGCGGCGUGCGGCGCUCCAACGGCGUGCAGGGGCUGCGCGUCAUCGUGCAGAGCGAGCGCCACCCCGCCUACCUGGAGGACAGGAUCGAGAGCUUCAUCGCGGGCUCGCAGGAUUACCUGGAGAAGAUGACCGAAGAGGAGUUCCUGAAGCACCGCUCGUCCCUGGCGGCGCAGCGCCUCGAGAGGCCCAAGCGCCUUUCCAGCAAGGCGUCGCAGCUGUGGAGCGAGAUCACUGCGCAGGUGUACAACUUCGACCGGCCGCACGUGGAGGUGGACGAGCUCAACACUGUCACUAAACAAGAACUCAUCGACUUCUUCAAGAAACACGUGAGCCCCCAGUCGGCGGACCGACAGAAGCUGUCCGUGUACGUGGUGUCGACGGCAGAGGGCGGCGCCGGGAAGCAGUACGAGUCUCAGGAGAAGACGGAGAACUCGCGAGAGCCCGUCAAGAUCCAGGACCUGGUGGACUUCAAGUCGCGUCGACGACUGUACCCGCACCCCGCGCCCUACGCCAGCAUACCGCGCAAGGGCGCGCAUUGUAAACUGUAGAUAACUGUACAAAUACUGCACACGAAGAACUUCGAUUGGCUACUUGACAGUUUUUGGAAAAAUAUUUUAAUUUUUUUUUUCGGUUUCACCCGCGUAGUUCCUGUUCCGAUGGAAACACGGGGAUACAAUUUAGUCUAUAACCACACAAUAGAGAAUGAUACAGAAUUAGUCUUUACAAGCCGCGCAGUGAAGCCUGUGAAACUCAUAAAGAUCAUAUCCAUUAUUCUUUAAUCUGUGUCUAUAACAUUCACAUUCGUGGUUAAAGAAUUAUGAAAAUCGGUUCACUAUAUCCAGAUAUUAAUUACCCUAUACAACCUCACAAACAUUACCUCUAUAUAAUAUUAGUAUAGAUUUAAAUAUAUUUUUUUUUUCGGAAUAAUUUUAAACCACGAUAUCUGCUAUAAUAUUCAUUAAAAGCAAUCGGAUGUUAAGGAUAAUUUUGUCCAAAAUUAAAUUACUGUGAUGAAUAUUUUGCUUAUUUGGAUAAAGAUUACUAAUUUUAUUCAAAUAAGCUAAAUAUUAGUUUUUAAUUACGGCGCUACUAGUAAAAGUGUCAUAACUGACACUUUUACUAGUAGUGUCAUAACUGACACUUUUACUAGUAGUGUCAUAACUGACACUUUUACUAGUAGUAGUAGCGUUGGUCACGUGACCAACUGACCAGCUGUUCCGGUUUUUGUAAGCCACCGACAAAAAUUUCAAAACUUUAUUUUGCAAAAAUGAAAUAUUUUUAUACUUGAUAAACGAAUAUCUUAGCAUUCCAUAGAUUCACCGUGCCGGGUAUCCAUUAAAACUAGUAUUUUAAGGUGCAAAAAAUAUUGUACUUAAUAAUUAUUGUUUACCUAUAAGCUAUCAUCCGAGACAUUUCAUAUUUCAUCGUUGUUUCAACUGUCAAAUAGCCAAUUAUAAAAGAAACGGAACCCCUGACAGUCAAUAAUUUUACCAAUAAAAUAAUUUAAAAAAAAUGGUUUAAAUGCUCAAAAGCGGUAGAACUCAAAGCCAUAAAGUCAGUUAAAAUAAAAUAGCUAGGUUUACUAUUCAGAAGUUGUACUACUUUAGGUCUAUGCUUGUGAUUUGAAUUAAGGCCAGAUAUUUUCCCUUGAAUUUCCUAUUGGUAUGUAUUUUGUUGAUUUAUUUUGAUUUGUAAAACACUGUUAAAAUUUAACUUUAUGAAACGUCUUUAAUAGUUACUACUUAAUGACAUUUUCAAGAAAAAUUAACUCAAUGGUAACUAAUAAUUAUUCAUACAUAAAAAAGAAAGAUUUUCGGGAUAUUUGUAAUAUGAGUAAAGUUCUAAAAUUUGUAAAACAACCGAAAAUCUUGUAACGUAAUUAGAUGAGAUGUUUAAAUAAUAAAAAAGCGAGUCUACUGUAGACACUGAAGUAAAAUUUCUAUCAAAAAAUCUUCAAAAUAAUAAACAUAGCGCCAUCUAUGAGCCGCAGGCAUAACUGCAUCGCAACAGUUUAAACUACAAGAAGGGAUUGUUUCAAAGAUUUGUAAGAACGCCAUCUACUGGUAGUUUAAAAUAACAAACACUGUUUCACAGAUGGCAGCACGCAUCGCCCGAUUACAAUUUUCGUAACUCAUUCUCCGUGCGUAAAGAAGUUUCACUUCAAAAAUGUCAAGUACAUGAGGACAUGAAUUAUUGUGAUAUCCAUUACUUAGUAGAAUACAUAAAAUAAUUACUAAACAGUUAAUAAAAGUCUGGAGCCUUGAUACACAAGAAUACAAAAUAAGAUAUAUUGUGUUCUUAGUUUUAAUUAUGAAUCUUAGUUGAUGGUGCAUUAUGUUGUAAUAUAAAUAAUUUUCAAUAAACCGACUUACAAUGUCACCACAAAAUAUAUCAUUAAAUAGGUAAAGUGUGAAAUGAAAAGUAAACUUUGCAAACAUGGCGUCAGAACGCGAGGCGCUGAUUGGCUGGUUCUUAAAAAAAAACAAAUAUUUGGUUAGGUCUAGUCUCUACCUUUUUGGAAGUCGGAUUAAAAAGACAGCAUUUUAAAAGUAUAUAUUGUAAGAUAUAAUAUGGUAUUCUGCGUAUUAUUUUUUUAAUUAGUAAUUAUAAUUGUAUGAAAUAAUGGUAUUUAAUGUAUUUUAUAUAAUAUAAUAUUGUAAUUUGUGAAUUUAAAAUUAUUUAAUUAAUGUAAUUAGUGCUAUAGUUUUUUUAUUAUUCUUGCCGCGUUGCUAGAACAAGCUCAUGACUAAGGGCCCCGUAUGCGUUUGAAUCUAGUCGGGCACACUACGACGUUAUAUCACGUGAGUUUUAGCCGUAUUUUAUAAUUAAUUAAUUAAAUAAUUUUAUUAAUCUUAAAUUAUUCAUAUAAAAUGGAUUUUAUUUGAGUAAGGAUAAUAAUUAAUAAAUUAAAUAUUAUGAAUGUG